AUGCCAACCAGCGUCUAUAUUCUGAUCUACAUUGGCGACCCGCUCGACUUCACCAAGUACCGCCACACAGGGCUUUUUUUCGAGCAUACAACCGGAGCAGCUGGGAUUUUCGAGUUCCAAACCUACGAUAAUUACAACCCCGAACAAAGUCGACGGCUGGCAUCUACUGUUCAAGUGGCGGAGCUACCGGAGUCAAUCAGCGAAGCCUCUAUCAGAAGCGUUAUUUCCAGGACCCCAGUCAAGAAUGGACCCACAGAUGCCGACUGGAAUUGCCAGAAUUGGGUGGGGGAUGUUGUGAUUGUUUGCUCACUUAGCAGGCCCGGGAUAUGA